GUUCAGUUUGGUUUGAAAAUCGAAUGAUUUCUUUCAGUAUUUUUUUUUCUUGAUCAUCAUCAUCAUCAUUAUCAUCGAUUUGCUUGUCCGAAGACCAUCAUUCAGUCAGUCAACAGUUGAACAGUUUCUUGUUUAUCGUGCUGUGUUCACAUGUCAACCUGAAAAAAUCCAAAAUCCGUGUUUGUUUGUUGAUUUUUUUUACUUCUUGUUGCUCGUUUGUUUGAUGUCUUCAUUUUCGUUGAUAAGGAUAAUAAUAAUAAUAAUGUAACGAAUUUUGGUACUAUCGACGAUCAAAAACAACCAUAACAAAAUAAUCAUCACGAACCAUUUUUUUGACUGAAAUUAUCAUAGAAAAUGUCAUCAUUAAUAACAAUGUUAUUACCGGUUAAUCAUCAUCAUGGAUCAUCAUUAUAUCGAUAUCUAUGUACAUUAUUAAUAAUCAUUUUAAAUUAUUCAUCAUCAGCAUUUAUUGAUGCAUCAGUUGUUUGUGAAAAAGCACGUAUCGAUUGUGCAUUAAGAAAUGGCUGUGGAUUUGCAUUACAAAGUUAUAUGAUGGAAUGUAUUGAUUUAAUUGCUGGCCGUACACAAACAUGUGAAUCACGUUGUAAACAUGCAUUAAUUGGUUUAAUAUCAACCGAUGAAGGAAAAGAAUUAAUGAAUUGUGAUUGUAAUAAUAAUAAAUAUUGUGAAUUAUCAAAAUCACGUUUAGAAAUUUGUAGAAAACCAGUAUGGUCGGCUAUUAAAUCGGAUACAAUUGUAUCAUGUUCAAUUGCACGUUGGAUUUGUAUUACUGAUCAACCAUGUCGUACAGCAUUAGAAUAUUAUGAACAAAAUUGUCAUCAAUUAUUUCAAGGACAUAAAUGUACAAAUCGUUGUAAUAAUAGUCUUUCAAUAUUGGAUAGACAAGAAAAAGCAAUGAAAUUACGUACAUGUUAUUGUGAUGGUACUGAAAAUUUUCCAUGCCGUCGUAUUAAAUAUUUUACCGAACGUAUUUGUUAUUCAAAUCAUCAUCAUCAUCAUUCUCAUCAUCAACAUCAUCAUCCAUCUGAUGGUUUAUUACCAAUCGAUUUGGAUAAUAAUAAUCAAAUUGAACCAAUUGGUCAUCAAAGAAUACAGACAACAAAUGAUGAUAAUAAUCAAAAUCAUGUUAAUAAUCAUAAUUAUCAUCGUUAUCGAAUUGAUUCAAUAUUUGAUCGAAUACGUGGUGGUGGUGGUGGUUCAAUCGAAUCAAAUUAUUCAACGAAAAUUUUCAAUCAAACAACAACAAUGAUAAUGAUGAUUAUUAUAAUGAUUAUCAGUAGUUUAUUUGUUAUCAGAUGAAAAUUUAAUAACAGACAAGCACUAUUCCCGCGAAAAAACCCUCCAUUGAAAUGAAUUUAUCAUUUUUAUUUUUGUAAAUAUCAAAUUACUACAUUUUCUAUAAUAUUUAUUAGCAGACAAACAAAAUGACAAAAAAAAACUUCUUUUUUU